CUUAAACAUGGGGAGGGCCGAGGAAUCGAAGCAGUAGCGCGAAUAUAUAGGUCGCCAUGGUCCUCGACUGCCUGGCGGACUGUUUGUCGUUCCCGUGCUUCUUCGGCAACGCGCAGGACGUGGCCCUCUGGGGCCGGCCGAUCUGUGUGUACGCGGGCUGGCUCGCGGCGGCCGGCGCGACGGACGGCGCGCGGCCGGUCGACGCCGCGGCGCUGCCGCGCAUGCUCCGGUGCCACCUCGUGCUGCUGGUCGUGGUGACGAUCGCGCUGCUCUUCGACCACCUCGUGGAGGGCGUCGUCGACGCGCCGGCCUUCGCGCUGUCGGCGGCGCAGCUGCUCGCGGCGGCGGGCGCGCUCGCGGCGCUCAACGCGCCGCACAACCGCGUGGCGCCGCCACCCGCGCUGCGGCGGCGGCGGGCGGCGCUGCUCUCCGCCUUCCUGUGGGCGUCGAACGCGUGCCUCAUCCUCGACGUCGUCUUCUCGGCGCUGUGCGUCGUGGGCGGCCACGAGGAGCCGGUCGUGUCCCUCGACCUGGCCGCGAAGGUGGCCCUGCUCCUCUUCGUGACGUCGCUGCCCUUCUUCGCGCUCGACCGCGAGCUCGCCGCGAGCCGGAGCGAGCUCACGUUCGUCUGGAAGAUCUGGACCAUCGAGGCCGUGGACUUCUGCACCAUCCUCUACGGCGCGAUCGACUACGCGGCGGCGGAGCGGCGGCGGAACGCGGUGCUCGGCGUCGCGCCGCCGCCGGGCCUCUUCGACCCCUGGGGCGGCCUCUGGGCCGCGCCGUGGCGCGCGUGGUCGCCCGCGCUGCGCGUCUACGUGGCCGCGUUCGUCGCGAACGCGGUGCUCUUCGGCGGCCUCGCGUCGGGGCUGCUCGCGCGCGCGCUCACGGCGCGCGAGGACGAGCACGUCGUGGAGCGGGCGGGCUACAUGUUCGUGGCGACGUACGUCUUCGCGCUGGACGCCGUGACGGACCUGCCCGUCUGGUUCGCGAGCCUCGUGACGCGCGCCUACGUGCACAACCUGUACCUGACCUUCAACGUCGUCAUCAACCUGCUCGCGCUCGUGCGCGGCAUCUACAUCUGCCUCGUGGCGUGCCUCCUGCCGCUCGGGCCGCCGCCGCGGCUCCUCGGGCCCGACGCCGACCCCGCGCUCUACGGCGCGACGCGCGUGGCGUCGACGGAGUCGCUCUCGCGGCUCGAGCGCGCGACCUCGUCCUCGCUUUCCGAGCUCGAGGCGGACCGGCCGCCGCCGCCGCCGCUUGUGUAA